AUGCCCUCCGAGUCGAGCUACUGGAUCGUGAGUGCGCCCGUGCAGGAGGAGAAGAGCACGGAGCAGAUGUACAAGGAUCUGUCGCAGCGGCUUGUGUCCGACUCGGCGGCCGAGCGCUCCGAGGUCGCGCCGCUGGCCUUUCCGCAGCUCAAGACCGGCACGCUCGAGUCGCUGAUUGCGCUGUCGGAGGAGCUGCCCAAGACGGAUGCGUUCUUUGCGUCGGUCGUUACGCGCAUUGUGGACACGCUGCGUGCGCUCUUUAACGACGACGACCAGGCGCUCAACGAGCACCUGGUGCUCGACGGAGAGAGCGUCGAGGACUACCUGAUGCACUGGCAGUGGAACGCGGGCAAGUACCGAGCGGACCGCGCACUGCCCGAGCUUGUCGAGACGCUGAACAAGGAAAUGCAAUCGAUCGACAACGUGAUGAAGCAAAAGCUCAACACAUACAACCUCGCCAAGGGCCAGCUCCAGCAGCUCGAGCGCAAGAAGCACGGCAACCUAUCCGUGUGCUCUCUGGCGGACGUCGUGCGAAAGGACGACGUCGUGGACGCCGACUCGGACUUUUUGGUGACGCUCCUGGUCGUCGUGCCCAAGACGCAGAAGCAGCAGUGGCUGGACAAGUACGAGCGCCUGACGUCGAUGGUCGUCCCGCGCUCGUCCAACGAGCUCGCGCAGGACGACGAGUACGCGCUCUACAAUGUGACCGUCUUUAAGAAGGUCGAGCAAGAGUUUGUGCAAAAGGCGCGCGAACAAAAGUUCCAGGUGCGCGAGUUUACCUUUGACGAGGAGGCGCUCGGUCGCGAGCGCAAGGAGCUCGACGAGGCGGGGGCGUCUGAGAAGGAGCUCUGGACCGAGCUGGUCCGCCUGAGCCGCACCAACUUUGCCGAGGCCUACCAGGCAGCAGUCCACUUCAAGGUGCUGCGCACGUUUGUCGAGAGCGUCCUGCGCUUCGGUCUGCCGGCAAACUACUUUGCGGCGGUCGUACGCCCCAACCCGCGGCGCGUCAAGCAGCUGAUCAAGUCGCUCGUUGCCGAGUUCAGCCACCUCUCCGAGUAUAUGUCCAAGAGCGACCAGAACGGAGAAGAGGCGCCGACGACGCACGAGACGCCGGGCGAGUACGCCAACCUGCUGGAGCAGGAGGUGUAUCCGUUCGUCUUGACCGAGCAGCCUAUGAUUACUGUGUAG